AUGAACACCAACAGUUCUACCACCAACAGUUCCGCCACCGCCUUCGACCCCCUCAACCAGAUCUUCUCCAUUCUAGGUCCCGAUGGCAGGAGGGGGAUUCCGCUUACACCGGCGUCCGUCUCGGCGAUCUACUCGGACAUCAGCUCCCUAUCAAUUCUCUAUGGAACACAGAUCGGGGCAAGCUUCAUCAUGCUCGCCGUGGUCCUCAGCAUGACGCCCGGUGUCCGGCUCAAGCGGCUACCUGCCAUCAUCUCCAUCUCAGCCCUUACGCUGAACACGAUCCGGAUGACCCUCAAUGCCCUGUAUUUUACCUCCUCCUGGCUCAAUCUUUACACAGUAAUCACCGGUGAUACUCGACCCGUCCUCAAAACCGACUACGACCUGAGCGCAACCACUACAGCCCUAAGCAUCCCAAUUACCAUUCUUAUCGAGGCAGCGCUUUUCGUGCAGGCCUGGUCCAUGCUCCAGCUGUGGAAGACAGUGUACAAGGCCGCGGCGGUGGCCAUCUCCCUCGCCCUGGUCUUCACGACCAUCGCUUUCAACUUUAGCGUUACCGUCAUCCAGACGCUGUGGAUCCUCUACAGCACCAACUUUCCCUUUGCAAUCUGGAUGCGCCAGACCUACGUCGGCCUGAUCACCGCCAGCAUCUGCUGGUUCUGCUUCCUCUUCAACAUCCGACUCGUCAUGCACAUGUGGCAGAACCGCACCAUCCUGCCCUCGCUCAAGGGCCUCAAGGCAAUGGACGUGCUGGUCAUCACCAAUGGUAUCCUGAUGUUCGUCCCAGUAAUCUUCUCCGCCCUCGAAUUCAGAAGAUGGGUCAAGUUCGAGUCCGCCUCGCUCACUCAGACAUCCGUCAUCGUCAUCCUGCCACUUGGCACCCUCAUCGCGCAGCGUCUUGCUAACCCGGCCUGGUUCGGCACGGGCUCCCCGUCGUCGGCCGGCAGCCACGGCGGCACCGACACCACCGUCUCCUCUUCCUGCUCCCCGUACAUCAUCUCGGGCUCAAGCCGCAGCAGCGGGACCGCCGCAAGCGCCAGGAGACCGCUCUUGGCGAGCGCGUACAAGAGCUCGAACGCUACUAGUAACGGUGCGGGUCACGCCCACGGUCAUGUCGAGGUGCAUCGUGGUCCGCCCGCAGCGGUUCUGACGUCGCAUAUUAGGUCGGAUGGGUCGAAUGAGAAGAGGGAGGCUCGGACGCAGUACGCGGAACUGGGCGACAGGGAGCUGGCUAGGAUGGACCGGGAGGAUUUGGAGCGUGGAGUCAGGGUUGGGUAUGAUAUCGAGCAAGGUGAGGAGAGGGUGGGUGUUGCUGAUGAGAAGGAGAGGCUCGGCUCUUAG